CCCCUCUCUCCACCCACCCCCACCCCCACCUCUCCAAAUCUCGCGACGGAAAAGGCCAUCUGGAAUCACAGGGCGCGCCAGCCGCCGGGAGCUGGAGAAGAGAGGAGGAUAUGGAGCCGGCUGAGCGAAUCGAGUCCGGGUCGGCGCUGGGGAAGCGGCCGCGGACCAAGGUGCUGCCGCGGACGGCUAGCUUGGUGACGGUGCCGUCGGCGGCGAAGCAGGGGCGGCGCCAGGAGCGGGCGGGCGCCGGCGUGCCGUCGUCCUCUUCGCUGCCGGCCGGCGGUGCCGGGAUAGGAGCCGGCGGCGGUGGCGGCGCCGUGCCGAGUUUCUACUACGGCCCAUUCACGACGGUGGAGACAGCGGCCUUUCUGAAGGCAUGCGGCCUCUGCAACCGCCGCCUCGGACCCGGCUACGACACCUUCAUCUACAGGGGCGAGGUGGCAUUCUGCAGCCAAGAAUGCAGGGAGAAGCAGAUCGAGUACGACGAGCGCAUGGAACAGACAUGCUCCCUGACCUCCAUCAAGGAGGCCCCGUCCGUGGCCGGCGCCAGUGGCUCCGACCAGUCCGGCAGCGGCGGGGAGACCGUGGCCGCCGCCUAGUCCGUGUGCAAGGCAUGGUGGAGUAUGUUGUUGCGCCUUUGGAGCAGCAGGAGCAGCGACGCCAGAUCGAUCGAUCGAUCGGCCCGUAGUUUUCGCCAUGCUAGAGCGUUCUGUGCAUAGUACAGCUUUAGCUCUAGUAUUCCGGCAGUGAUGAAUGCGUCAAUGAUUUAUUAGUAGGUGAUUGAUGCAUGUAACUCUGGAAACAUGGCGUUCUCUUGUUGAAACAAAAGGAAAAAAAAAAAAAGGACCCGGGUUGCAACAACAGAUUCUUGUCACUCU